GCCUCCUUUCAGAACCUCGCAAGCGUGCUGUGACGUUCACCGCGAUCACACCGCUGCAGGAAGACGAGCGGAAUCGAGCACGGGAUCGGCACACGCUUGCAACGCACAGAAUAUCAGUGCUGAACGCCGUGUCAGAGGCCAAGAAGUCCGUUCCUGCACAAGCGCUGCAAGCCAUGGAGCCGAGCCAAAGUGUCUUCUUUGACGCGAGCACACUCAAGAAGAAGCUCAAGGAGGAUUUGUGCAAGGACAGAUUGCCAUCUUAUUCUGUUGUCCUUUCUCUACUGGCAUUAACGAGCGUUUCAGAUGAGGAGAGCUACAACGUCAGUGAUUACUAUCGCACUGAAGGAUUUUGUCAACAGGUCGCGAGAAGUCGCAUCUUCGAAAUCAUCACUUUCAUGAUCCUGGUGUGCAAUGCAGUUUGGACCGGCAUUGAGAUUGAAAUCAAUGACGCGCCUGUUAUUCUACAAGCGCAUGUGGCCAUCAUCCUGACUGAAAAUUUGUUUGUCCUUUUCUUCACCUUUGAGCUUGCCGUGCGCUUUGGUGCCUUCAGAAGGAAAUGCGACGCUUGCCGCGAUGGCUGGUUUGCCUUUGACACGGCACUUGUCAUGUUGAUGUGGUUUGAGACGUGGUUCCUGUCCUUGGUGCAGUUCUUCGCCAAUGACCCGUCUAGCUCUUCCAGCUUCCGUCUGAUGCGGCUACUGCGCUUGACGCGUAUGGCAAGGAUGGCUCGACUGCUUCGAAGCGUGCCCGAGCUGCUGAUCAUUGUCCGCGCCAUUGCCAUAGCCUUGCGGUCUGUCUUCUUCUUGAUGGUCCUUCUCGUGGGCCUGGUCUAUGUGUUUUCCCUCCUCUUCAACCAGCUUCUCGACGGUAAGAACCAGCCGCCAGGAUCGAUGGCGCAUGAAAGCUUCGGCAGCUUACCGCAGGCCAUGAACACGCUGCUGAUGGCUGGAGCGCUUCCUGACCAGUCUGCGCUGGUUGAAGACGCCGGCGCCUUUCAUUUCCUGCUGUAUCCACUGAUGCUGCUCUACAUGUUGCUGGCGUCGCUGACAGUCAUGAACAUGCUGGUGGGCAUCCUAUGCGAAGUAGUCAGCGUGGUGUCUGCCGUGGAAAAGGAGGAGAUACUUCUGAAAUCCGUCAAGACACAUUUGAAGCGGCUGCUCGUUGAUGCAGAAGCGGAUGAGGAUGGUGAUGGCAGCAUCUCUCGCAGAGAGUUUGACAAAAUGCUUACCAAUCCGACAUGUGUCCGGACUCUGAAUGAAGUUGGCGUCGAUGUCUUUGCUUUGGUGGACUUAGCGGACUUCAUCUUCGAACAGAAGGAUACUCUUGAAUUUGCGGCGUUUAUGGACGCGGUACUGCAGCUCAGGGGCAGCAACACUGCCACCGUAAAGGACAUUGUGGAUCUCCAGAAGCUCAUAGUCAACCACUUCAAGCUGACUGAAGACAUGAUUUCUGAACUGGCCGGCAAGCCACCGAUGCUAGCAUAG